AUGAAGUUUACAUUCAAAUCACCACUUUUCACUUUGUUGAAAUAUAAACCUCAAAAGUUCAGUUACUCAUUGGAACAAGAAAUCCGUCAGAAAUUAGAUACUUUACCUAAUGUUGCCAAGAUCUACAGUAACCCUGAUGGAACUGCUAGAGUACCAACUGAUUCUGAAUUUAAGACUAUUGCUGAUUUACAAAACUUGUAUUAUAAAAGAAACUAUUCUGAAUGGAAUUGGAUAUUACCAGGUAUUCCAAAAGAACAAUUACAAUUAUUUAAAGAUAAUUCUCAAGAUUUAAGUCAUUUUGGAUUUGUUUCUAAAGAUUCCGGUAAAAUUAUUGAUAAAAUUCCAUAUAAAGAUGCCAACACUGGAGAAUUAAAAUGGAAAAUUAUUAGAGAAACUUCAAAAGCUGAAGGUUGGGAAAUUCCAUAUUUUUACAUUGUUUUACCAAUUUUUGCUUAUGUUUUCUAUGUUAAAUAUACCCAACAAACUAAAUUAAGAGAAUUGGAAGGUCCAGAUUGGGCUGAAAAAGAAUUGAGAUUGAGAGCUAUGGAAGAUUAUUUCCAUGGUGAUACUGCUAAGGCUAAAGAAUUCUUGAGUAAUGAAGGUAAAUCUAAGAGAGAAAUUCAAGAUAGAGAUGAUUUGGUUGUUUCUAGAAUCUUGGCUGGUGAUUAUGAUAAAUUGGCUGAAUUGAAAAAGAAACAACCAAAAGAUUUGAUCAAAGUUAACGAAGAUCCAAUUUUCAAACAAUAG